UGAGGAAAUCAUUGUUCGAGAUUGACCAAGAAUUUUAGCAGUAUCCAGCGACCCAUUUCAUUGCGUACCUAGUUUUCGUCGCAUUUUGGAAACAGCUGUGGCGGUCGAGAAACCCAGAGUUCCAGCAAGAUGAGGGGACCGAUGGUCACGGAGGGGAAAGGCCCCGGAUCGCUCUACCCGGAGUCCCGGGUACUCAUCAUCAUGACGGGCGGCACAAUCUGCAUGCGGGAUUCGGUUGAUGGGCUGGUCCCCAUGGCGGGCUUCCUCGAGAAUGCCAUGGCCCCUCGUCCGUCGUUCAACGACAACUCCCCUCCAGUGAAAAUCCACGCGUAUAAGAACGGCGUCAAGCUGGCGCUCGACAGCCUGCGGACGCCUCCCAGCACCUACUCGCGGCACAUCCGCUAUGGCAUCCUCGAAUUCCAACCGCUCCUCGACUCUAGCUCGAUCUCGUCCCUAGGCUGGACCGAGAUCGCCAUGACCAUCAAGGAGAACUACCACUACUUUGACGGCUUUGUGGUCCUCCACGGCACCGACUCGCUCGCCUACACCGCCUCGGCGCUCUCCUUCAUGAUGUCCGACCUCGGCAAGCCGGUCGUGCUCACCGGCUCGCAGGCCUCCAUCUUCGCGCUGCAGUCGGACGCGGUCGACAACCUGCUCGGCUCGCUCAUCAUCGCGGGCACCUUCGUCAUCCCCGAAGUGUGCCUCUUCUUCCACCACACGCUCUUCCGCGGCAACCGGACGACCAAGGUGUCCGCCUCGGCGUUCGAGGCGUUCGACAGCCCCAACUGCGAGCCGCUGGCCAAGGUGACGUCGCUCGGCGUCGACGUCAACUGGUCGCUGGUGCGCCGCCCCACGCGCAUCGCCGAGUUCCAGGUGACCAAGUACCUCGACACGGCGCACGUGGCCUGCCUGCGCAUCUUCCCGGGCAUCAAGCCCGAGAUGGUGGAUUCCGUGCUGCGGGUGCCGAACCUGCGCGGGCUGAUCCUCGAGACGUUCGGCAUGGGCAACGCGCCCGGCGGCGUCGACGGCAGCCUGACCAAGGUGUUCCGCCAGGCCGUCGAGCGCGGCAUCGUCAUUGUCAACGUCAGCCAGUGCACCAACGGCUUCGUCUCGCCGCUGUACGCGUCCGGCACGGCGCUCGGGCGGGCGGGCGUCGUGUUUGGCCACGACCUGACGACCGAGGCGGCGCUGACGAAGCUGUCCUACCUGCUGGCGCUGCCGGGGCUGACGUACGCCGACAUCACGGCCAGGAUGGCGCACUCGCUGCGCGGGGAGAUGACCGAGAUGACGCUGCCGUCCUUCUCCCACCCGGCGGGCACCAUCGACUCCGCCGUCGGCAGGCUCACCGCGGCCGGUAUGUUACUGACUCAAGCUUUUUGCUUCUCCCUUCCCAAACACCCUCUCACUCUCUCUCUCUUGCUCCCCACCCUUCCCCCUUCUCGCUUUCCAUCCUUCCACCUCCGCUAACCCGUCCGCGUUGCGCAAUCGUGGCAGAAACGGCCUUCACGGCGCUCGGCUACGCGAUCCGCAACGGC